UCUGCCGCGAGAGGGCGCUCUGGGCAGCAGGAGGCGUGGCGCACCCGCGGCUCGUGGACUCCGCGCGCUCCCAGCGCCGCGUCCCGCCCGGAUACCCUGCCGGCCUCGGAGUGGGGGCCCCACUUCCCCACGCUAGUCUCCCGACCCUGAAGGCCCUGCCUCGCGGCCCUCGGCCCGCAGUCGUCCCGCCGGACCCCUCGCGGGACCCCCACCGCCGCCGCCGGCCGCGCCCGCCGCGCUCCCGCCCGGAAGCGCGGACUUCCGCCGCACGGUCCCGCGGGUGUCCACGCCGCCAUGCCCUCUCUCGGGGACCUGCUGCGGGAAUGGGACCGGGGCGCGCAGGCCGUAGCGCGCGGGGACUGGGACUGUGCCCUGCGCCUCUUCUCGGGCUACCCGGAGCCGUCCGCCAGGAUGUGCUUCAACGUGGGCUGCGUGCACCUGUUGGCCGGGGACCCGGAGGCCGCGCUGCGGGCAUUUGACCAAGCAGUGACCAAGGACACUUGCAUGGCUGUGGGCUUCUUCCAGCGAGGAGUGGCCAGCUUCCAGCUGGAGAGGUUCCAGGAGGCCCUGUGUGACUUCCGUCUGGCCCUGGCACAGCUGAGGGACAACACCGCCAUCGACUAUACACAGCUGGGCCUGCGGUUCAAGCUGCAUGCCUGGGAGGUGCUCUUCAACUUGGGGGCCGCACAGUGCCGCCUGGGUCUCUGGGCUGAGGCCACCCGCAGCCUAGAGGAAGCCCUCUCCAAGGGGUCAGAAGGGGCCCGAGACCACCUGUGCACUGCCCUGGACCAAGUGCAGAAACAGGUGCACCUGCAGCCUCGGCAGGGCCCCAGGGGUGAGGUCUUCCGGCCCCACAGGUGGCACCUGGAGCUCCUGGAACCAGUGGAUUUCCUGGGCAAGGCCAAGGUGGUAUCCUCUGCCUUCCCUGCCGACCGGCAGGAGGACAUCCAGCCUCAGCAGCCCCAGGUUCAGGGCACGGAUGGCAGAGCCAGGCCCGGAGCCGCCCCGCGGGCUGCAGUCACCGGGGCCUGGAAAACCUGCACCGCCUGUGGUCCCAGGAGGCCCCCCGAGACAGAGACACAGGUCGGCCCCGGGCAGGCGGGGCAGGCUGACCACCAUGCGCCCGUCCUCUCCGAUGAACAGAGGCCCAGUGUGGAACAAGUUGGCAAACAGGUUCCUCCAGGGCUGCGGGUGGCAGGGGAGCCACACCCCGGCCCUUCUGAAGACCCCUCUCAUGCUGGGGGAGUGGCUGUGGGGGACCCUGAGUCCUUGGUGACCCUCAUAGUGCAGUGUGCCUUCACACUGGCCCUGAAGGUCCCAAGAGGAGCUGACCUGUCCAGCCUGCGGACCCUGCUGAGCCAGGCCCUCCCCCACCAGGCCCAGCACGGGCAGCUCAGUUACCAAGACCCCAGCAACGAGGGGCGCUGGGUCCCCCUUGCUAGGGAGGAGGUGCUACAGAGGGCCUGGCGGGACAAGGCGGCCAGCCCUGGGGUCCUGCGGCUCCAGUGCCGGGGAGCGGGCGGCCGGCCUGUCCUCUACCGGGUGGUGGCCCGGCACAGCUACUCUGCCCAGGGGCCUGAGGACCUGGACUUACAGCCAGGGGACAUCGUGGACGUCCUGUGUGAAGUGGACCCGGCCUGGUUGGAGGGCCACUGUGAUGGCCGCAUCGGCAUUUUCCCCAAGUGCUUCGUGGUCCCAGCUGGACAGUACAUGUGAGGAGCCCAACACCCCCACCUGGAGUCCCACAUACCCCAAGCCCAGUGAGGAAAUCAGCCCUAGGAAGUCCCGUGGCAAGAACAGUUUUAAUAAAGCAAUCUUCCCCCCA